AAAACCAAACAAACGUCAAAGCUGUCAAAGUACAAUACGUGGCCGCCUUAAAAGGUACAACAAAAUUAAGCGAAAUUACUGUAUUUUUAAUAUUUGUUAUGGUAAAAAAUGGGUUUGUGUAAAUGUCCUAAAAGACGCGUUACAAAUCAGUUCUGUUUCGAACAUCACGUUAAUGUUUGCGAGCAUUGUAUGGUUACAAAUCACCCUAAAUGCAUAGUUCAGUCAUAUAUACAAUGGUUAAAAGAUAGCGAUUAUAAUCCAAUCUGUGAAUUAUGUACCAAACAGCUAAAUGCAGAGGACUGUGUUCGUCUAACUUGCUAUCACAUAUUCCAUUGGUCUUGCUUAGAUAGCUACUCAAGGCAAUUACCUCCAACAACAGCACCUGCGGGGUACACAUGCCCGUCUUGUAGAUGUGCUUUAUUUCCACCGCCUAAUCUCGUUAGCCCGGUAGCAGAUGUGUUAAAAGAGAAAUUAGCGGGAGUAAACUGGGCUCGUGCCGGUCUCGGUCUGCCAUUGUUAUCCGAAGACAGAGAGAUUAAGCCCAAUGCCACAUCACAGUUAGUGGUAGCACCUGGUCCGAGCAUUUCACCAGCUCCAUCACAUUCUGUGGUACACGUAGAAGAUCAAGGGGCAUUCAGUCGAGGUCCUAGCGACACAUUUCAAGCACCUGCCAGAAGAAUAUUUCAGGACAACCGAGAAACGCACGGUGGGGUAUUGGACCAUGAUGACGAUAAGUAUAAGAGACGACCUGCAGGAGAGUUGGUUCGUAGAUGGUGGAAAAAUGCACUAGGUAUUCCUUCGCGAAAUCGUAAUAGUGGAUCGAUCUACAAGAGAUACUGCAUGUUAGCAAUAGUAUUGGUGUUAGGCGUAGUUGGAAUACUGCUGAUUUUAAGUCGUUUAGGAAGAUACAAUACUGAAGACGAUCCAAGUUUGGAUCCCCUUCACAAUCCCCAAAUUCGUGUGCAGCAGGUGAACCAACGUUCUAUGUAAUAUUGUGUUAGCAUAGAGUAUUACUAUUAUUAGUGAGAUAGUUUUGCUUAAAUCUGCUUUUGGUUUGUUGUAAUUUUAUUCUCAAAGUAGGGUUAAGUAAAAAACAAGUUUUAUAAAAUGUGCAUAUAUUCGUUGAUAUAAGUAAUUAGAUAAAAAUAAAUUUUUAGCAAAUUGAAUUCCA